GAAUGCAUUUGUCCAUCCCCAUCGAUUAUUUUUUGUAAACAUAAACAGAGAUAUGAAAAACUGAAAUCGAAGGAUGUUUAUGUUCCGAAACUGCGCGGUUCUGCUGGUGAUCGGCUCCAUCUGCUGCUUCAUCUACGGCCUGUUCCAGUUGCACGUGGAGGUGGAGCCCAAUGCCUGCCGGAUGACCUACAUGUUCGGCGAGCCCAUGUUUGCGAAAGUUGGGGUCAAGGACAGCGAUCUGUAUCCAAACUAUGGGCUGUACUACUACUACGAGGGCGUGCGGCAGCAGCCGGUGGACCCACUGAAGCGCCGGAUGACGGGUGCUCCCGUGAUUUUUGUGCCCGGCAAUGCCGGCUCCUAUAAGCAGGUACGUUCCCUGGCCUCUGUGGCCCUGCGCAAGGCGAUGUCCGAUGAUACGGGCCUCCACCUGGACUACUACACCAUCGACUACGAUGAGGAGCUGUCCGCCUUGUAUGGCGGGUAUCUGCCUCGCCAGCGUAGCUACCUGAAGCUCUGCAUCCGCACUAUCCUAGGGAUUUACGCCGGCCGUGCGGAACAGCCCUCCAUUGUGCUAAUUGGUCAUUCAAUGGGCGGCAAGCUGGCUCAGUCGGUACUGGUGGAUCCGGCCAUUGGGCAGUACAUCAACACCAUUGUCAGCAUCUCCACGCCGCUGGAUCAGCCGGUGCUUAACUUAGACGCCCAGCUGGAGGAGUUCUACGAGCAGACGAACGCCGGGCUGGGUAAGCUGCGCACUGCCACGGUGCCCACGAUGACGACGAAUGUGUGCCAAAGCCUGCACCAGCGGCCGCCGAAUGUGCAGCGAAUGGCCAAUCAGGACAGCUCGGCGCGGCUGGACAACGUUCUGCUCAUUUCCACGGGCGGUGGCAACAGGGAUCUGCUGGUGCGCCCCGGACUCACCACCUCCCAGUUUAACGAUUUGCAUGCCAUGACUUCGGCAAUCCCAAAAGUGAGCCUGAGCUGCGACCAUCUGUCCGCCGUGUGGUGUCUGCAGUUCAUGCAGGCCAUCAACCGCUUCCUCUUCAGCAUUGCCCAUGUGCGCGAGGAUCGCUCUUCGAUCGUCUUUGGCACCAACAAGCAGCGCAACCUGCAGUCAGCCCUGUCCACCUUUGUGAAGUCACGAAGGCGUCAGCAAAGUACUGUGCGAUUCGGAGCAGCAGGAAAUUGGCACGAGGAGCGACGUCUGGUGAUCAACAAGUACUUCACAAACGGACUUAAGGGCACCUUCUUCGACUUGAUUGGUCUGCAGCGCCAGGAGAGGUACAGAAAGAUGGCCAUCGAGGCCUUGAACGUGGAUGACGAGGACUGGCUGUUCGGCUGCUCCGCUCAGGAGCACAAUAAGACGGAACAGCUUCAUUGCGAAAAGGCCACCUCGCUGAUGCACCUCGUACAGCGGCUGCCCAACGAAGAUCGCGAUCCCCGGAGCAUUGCCAUCCUGGAUCUGCACAAUCUGCGCAAGACCUACGUGCAGUGGAGCCAUGUCCUAGUGCGCUUGCCAGCGAGCUCUAAAAGGAUUGGCUAUAACUUGGACAUCUAUGAUCCUCGUGAGCGGGUCAUGGACAUCAAGAUGCCACGCUGGUACACCAUGGCCAAGCUGCCGUUGAUAAACGAAACCCUCCAGGGCACCCUCCACCAUCGACUGCGCAUCUCCGAGAUGGUGGAUCCCUACCAGAGCAUCCGGGUGAUUGUGGAGCCGCUGCAGUGCAUUAACCCGGAGUACAGGGUGACCGCCAGAAUAUGCGUUCCCUGGGCAGCGGGCUUUGAACGCUUUCAGACCAUCAAAUCGUUCGAUCAGAAACCUCAAUUGUAUGUUAAUGUGCCAACGUUAGUGCCCAGACAUUAUAAUACCACACAGAAUCCGGUGACAGUGGAUCUAUAUAUGGAUCCAAUUUGUCGCUAUCGAAUCAGCUACGAAUACUCGUAUUCCUCGGCUUUGUCUCGAUUGGUUCUCGAGUUCUACGGUUGGCUGCCGGCACAUCUGGUCUGCGUUCUACUGAUUGUGCUGAGGAAGCAGGUCGAGACCUUUCACGUGGUGGGAACGUUUCGUAGUCUACGUCCCUAUGUGGGUUACCUGCAGUACACUUCGCUCUAUGUGGUCACAGCCUGUCGCCUGUUAAAGAAGCUAAUCAUCAGCAGCCGCUUGCUGCCGGAGCCAGAGCCCCUGGACUACAGCAUCAAUGUGUCGAUUGUGCUCCACUGCGCAGCCAUCGCGCUGUCCCUGCUGGCCACUCUUGGCACCUGGCUGGCGUUGACGCUCUACGGCAAUGCCUUCUACCGCCUGGCCCUGCGCGUCACUCGCCUCUCGCAGGCCACCUCCAACGUGAUGAUCUCGAUCAUGACCCACCUGCCCAUCACGUACGGCAUUCUGACCAUUGCCACGGCCAUGGGCACCUGCAGCGGCGUAAGCCUGCUCCUGGCCUUUGUAUUCUACUUCCUGAUGCUGUCGAAUGCGUACAAGGACUAUCUGGAGGACUUUCUGUGGCAGAAGGCGGCCAAUUUGGUGCGUGGCAAGCCAACUGCUGCUGCUGUGUCUCCCCAGGAUUCAACCAGCGGGGAAGAGGCAGGUCAGCAGGAGGCGCUGGAGCCGAAGGAUAAACAGCAGGGGAAGGUGGAGGAGGAGGAGGAGCCAGAGCCCUGUGUGGGUCUGCAGAACUUUUCCUUCCACGUCACUUUGCUGCUGAUGCUGUUCAUGCAACUGCUGCUCAAUGCUCCUAGUACUUUGGCCUGGGCGCGCAGUCGUCGACAUGGCAUUAACCUACCGGAUCCGAGUCUGUAUCCCAGCAUAGUGGUCCUGGCAUCACUUAGUUUGCUCUUGCAGCUGCGGGCUCCUCAAAAAUGUCAAGGAUACUGGAUGCUGUCCAUUGUGUUUUACGUUCUGGCCGGCGUGGUUUUACUGUACUGCCAGGCGGCCAUCUACAGGCUGACCUUUGUGAUUGCCGGCGCCUUCGCUCUGUUGGCUGUCCAUCAAGGUCUCUGGGUCCUGUGGCGUCGUCUGUCGUCCUAAAUCUGAUUCACUUGGUUCUCUCUGUGUUAAUUCGUUAUUGAUUGCCGCGUUAGUUAAUUCAGUCCGAGUUGGGGGCUUAUGUAAGCCAGCUGUCGCGAGGCAAAUAAGCCCAGAUCGGGAUCUGGAUCUCUCCUACCUAGCGGGAAGUCCAAAUUGAGACCGAAUGGGCGUUGCUCCCGAUUUGCCUCGAUCGCACAUUACACGUAUUAAUUGGUUUUACGCCUGUCGCCGGCGCUUUUGGUUUAGCGAUAUCUCGCUGUCUAACACACCAAUCUCCAUUUGGGGGAAAUGUGUGAAAACGCCUAUAAGUCGCAGCGCCAGUUGGCCACACUCCCCAUCCCGACUCGGUUUUCCUUUUAGCCAAAGACAUUAUCCGUAGUAUUUGUUUUAGACCUUACCGAAAUUAACCACAAUACUCUGCUGUAAGAUUUUCUAUGAUAUGAGAUUUUAAUUUUUUCAUUGCUUGCAAUUUUCCCUUUUUUUUUUAACAAUAAACUAAACCAAGAGUCAUAUACAUAUUUGUGAAACAUACACGAAAAUGUUAAAUUCGUUUCUGUUAGAUUUGUUCUUACUUGUUCAAUAUUUGUUUAUAUUAUAUAUAUGUUGUAUUCGUCUUAAAAUAAUUUAUAAAACGCUAAUUUCUUCCGAUCAACUAAUAGAUAAUCAACCUAGAAUAGCUGCCAUAUGUCACAAACAGACUUUAUUGUAUAAAUAUUGUAACUUUGUACAUUGUUUUUAUUUGAAUAGUCCCUUGUUUUACCCUUGAAAUACAAUUUGAUACAUUUUGUAAACUCCA